AUGUUGCAAAAUAUAACUGUUCGAUUAUUUGCUGAACAACAUGGAAGUCGUUCUAGCUUUCUUGCCUGUGGAAGUGCUGAUGUGUUAGAAGCUUUAGGUGUAGUUCUUGACUUAGGGACCGGAGGGUGUAACAAGAUACUCAAAAUUGCCAACACAUUGCAAUGGUUUGGCAUGAAAAGAGCAUUAGUUGUUGACUCAGAGGGCUUAGAUGAGAUGAGUCCCCUUGUGAAGUUCAGAAUUCCUCGGGGCACUCUUGCUAGCCAGCUUGUUUAUGAUGUGAAGGUCUUAAGGGAUGUACUGUCAGGGAAGAGAGGGCCAAUUGCAGAUGCAUUUAUAACAUCUGGGCAGAUCCUAAAUGCUGCAGCUGCACUGUUGAUGAGUAGCCACGUGAACAGGUUAGCUGAAGGAGUAUCCUUGGCAUGCUCAACAGGUCUUUGUGAUAGACCUCCUAUUACUAAAGUGCACCAAUUGAAGGGGAAGUAUGCUAGGAAGGUGGAAGGGUUGGAUGGUGUGGUUGACAUUGUUGGAACGGGUGGUGAUGGUGCAAACACAGUGAACAUUUCAACUGGUGCUUCAAUACUUGCUGUGGCUUGUAGUGCAAAAGUUGCCAAGUGUGGAAGUCGUUCUAGCUCUUGUGCAUGUGGAAGUGUUGAUGUGUUAGAAGCUUUAGGUGUAGUUCUUGACUUGGGACGGGAGGAUGUGACAAGGUGUGUAAAUGAGGUAGGGAUUGGUUUCAUGAUGUCUCCAAAGUAUCACCCAGUAAUGAAUAUUGUUAGGCCAGUGAGGAAAACGCUGAAAGUAAAAAUUGUAUUCAAUAUCUUGGGCCCUAUGUUGAAUCUUGCACAGGUGCCUUUUGCUGUGGUUGGUGUAUACAGUGAAGAUUUGGUACUCGAAAUUGCCAACAUGUUGCAACGGUUUGGCAUGAAAAGAGCAUUAGUUGUUGACUCAGAGGGCUUAGAUGAGAUGAGUCCCCUUGGACCUGGUCUGGUGCUUGAUGUCACCCCGGAGAAGAUUGAGAGAUUCUCCUUUGAUCCACUGAAGUUCAGAAUUCCUUGGUGCACUUUUGCUAACUUGCUAGUUUAUAAUGUGAAGAGAGGGCCAAUUCUAGAUGCAUUUGUUAGUUUUCUCUGCUUGCUUUCAAGCCCAAAUGAAUGCUCCCUGUUUCUUGUUGUGUCCAGAAUUAGCUAUGGACAUAUGUCCCAUUGGAUAACAAUUGGGCAGAUCCUAAAUGCUACAACUGCACUAUUGGUGAGCAGCCAUGUGAGCAACUUAGUUGAAGGAGUAUCCUUGGCAUGCGAAACACUAGCUCUUAAGAUACUGGAUUUGUGGAUAGAGAUUUCCAGGAAUUGCUUCUUCUCUGUUUUGUUGGGGCUUUUGUGUGGAUUUGAACCUUUUGGCAGGAGUUUUCCAUCAAAUUUGUAUCGAAGCUAA